UGUUUUGAUUGACAUUGUGUAAUUCACGGAUAGUUAGCUGUGGGACCACGACAGCUAAGGGGGUUUGAAUUUCCAACCGGGACAGCCACAGAGGAUCACCGCUAACUUACAUACACAAUUACCGGUCUCUAGGGUUGACGGAUGAGUAGAUUGUAGAAGAGCAGGGUGGAUUGGGGUUAACAGUCAGACACAGUUCCACCCUGACAACCCAGUCACAACCAUGAUCACAGCGAUGCAGCAGGUGUUGGAUAACCUGGGGGAGCUGCCCACCUCCACGGGGGCCAAAGACAUCGACCUCAUCUUCCUCAGAGGAAUCAUGGAGAGUCCCAUUGUACGGUCACUCUCCAAGGCCCACGAGCGAUUGGAGGACUUGAGGCUGGAGGCGGUGCAGGACAACAAUAUAGAGCUGGUCACAGACAUCUUGGGUGACAUCACCGCCCUCAGCGUCCGUGAUGACAGCGCAGCGGAACUCUCCCGAAUCCUCCAGGAGCCCCACUUCCAGUCGCUCCUUGAGGCCCACGACAUGGUAGCCUCUAAGUGCUAUGAGGCCGUGCCCCCAGCGGAGCUGUUUAAUGAGGAGCUGGGGAACAGUUCUCUCAUGCAGGCCGAUGCUGUACGCAUGAUCGGCAUCCGCAAGAAGGCUGGAGAACCACUGGGAGUGACGUUCAGAGUGGAGAAGGAGGAGCUGGUCAUCGCUAGGAUCCUCCACGGAGGAAUGAUUGACAGGCAGGGUCUGCUGCACGUGGGUGACAUCAUAAAGGAAGUGAAUGGGCGGGACGUAGGGAACAACCCCACUGAGCUGCAGGAGAUGCUGAAGGACUGCAGCGGAGGAAUCACUCUGAAGAUACUGCCUAGUUAUAGAGAUGCACCCGCCCCACCACAGGUGUACGUACAACCCCACUUUGACUACGAUCCAGCAAAUGACCAUCUGAUCCCCUGCCGAGAGGCGGGGAUUGGCUUCAAGAGGGGGGACCUCCUUCAGAUCGUCAACAGGGAGGACCCCAACUGGUGGCAGGCAUGUCAUGUGGUUGGUGGAGCCACUGGACUGAUCCCUAGUCAGUUCCUGGAGGAGAAGAGGAAAGCCUUCGUCCCAAGAGAUUUUGAUGGCUCAGGGAUCCUGUGUGGUACGAUAACUGGAAAGAAGAAGAAAAAGAUGAUGUACUUAACAGCCAGGAAUGCAGAGUUUGACAGGCACGAGCUGCAAAUCUAUGAGGAGGUGGCCAAGAUGCCCCCAUUCCAGAGGAAGACUCUAGUUCUGAUUGGAGCCCAGGGGGUGGGCCGACGCAGCCUCAAGAACCGACUGGUGGUCCUUAACCCAACAUGCUUCGGAACUACCAUACCCUUCACCUCCCGGCGUCCCCGUGACGAUGAGCUGGACGGUAAGUCAUACCGGUUUGUGACGCGGACGGAGAUGGAGGCAGACGUGAAGGCGGGCGGCUACCUAGAGCACGGCGAGUACGACGGGAACCUCUACGGAACCAAGAUGGACUCCAUCCACGAGGUGGUGGACACGGGGCGCACCUGCAUCCUGGACGUCAACCCACAGGCUCUGAAGGUACUAAAGACAGCAGAGUUCAUGCCGUAUGUGGUGUUCAUCGCAGCACCAGAGUUUGAGACGCUCAAGGCCAUGCACAAAGCUACGGUGGACGCCGGAAUCACCACCAAACAACUCACGGAUGUGGAUUUGAGGAAGACUGUUGAUGAAAGUGCUCGUAUCCAGAGGACCUACAACCACUACUUUGACCUCGCCAUCACCAACGACAACCUGGACCGCGCCUUCCAAACGCUACAGGCUGCCGUCGACAAACUCUGCUCCGAACCACAGUGGGUCCCCGUCAACUGGGUCUACUGAACCCCAACCGGACACUGACCGGACACUGACUGAACCCCAACCGGACACUGACCGGACACUGACUGAACCCCAACCGGACACUGACCGGUCACCUUGACCGGGUAUGUGUUCGACCACAGAGACAGGGGAAAGGAAAGGAGGAAGGGUGUUCGUCAGGGACUUUGACGGGGAAAACCCAAACCAACCGCCUCGCCCCUCUCUCCUGCACACAAUGCACAUUUUUUCUACUCGAAACUCAAAGGCAAAUAGUUCUUAUUUAUUUUAAUAUUUGUAACUUUUUACGAAAUAUCUUUCUAUUCAUACCAACGUGGAAUUCAGAAACAUGAAAAAAAUAAAGGCCAAACAUCACGGCCAUAUUUAUUUGUUAUGUUUUUUUGUAGUUGUUCCUCUGAGAACUAAUGAUGUUUGUUUUUUUGUAGUUGUUCCUCUGAGAACUAAUGAUGUUUGUUUUUUUUUCUCCGAGGACUGCUUUGAAAGAGUUUUUAUUGUUAUAUCAACACAGUUCAAGAACGAAGUUCAAGAACGACACUAUGGAAUAUUCCAGAACUAUGAGCAGUGUUGCCAAGGAAACCUGUUUACAGCGCUCGUUAUUGCCAUGACAACUACCGUGUCUCAGUCCAAAUCCUGUGAAGCCCACCCUUGUGAUUGUCGUAGGACCUCCCACCCCACUCCAAAGAAAAUCCCCUACAGUGCCCUGUAGUAUGUACUGUAGUUGGCUACCCCUUGAUUGGUUUGUGUUUAUCUCUUUAAAAUUAUGACUUAAGAAAAAUGGACUUAUUGUCUGAAUAUCUAACCCUCACACAUCCCACAAAGAGAAUGAAGGGAAAAAGCUUUACACUUUACAUUGUAGUAUUGAAUAUCAGGAUCAAAACACUGUCUGUGUUUCAUUCAUGUCUGAGUUGUCUGUACUUUUAUUUUAGUACCGUAGGAUUCACUGUCUUUCGUUGCUACGGUGAUCUUUUUAGCUAAGUGACAUUUUUGUCUCGCAUGAUCCUUUGCUUUGAGUUGUUGUUUUUGACUAUUGAACAAAUACUACAUCCUGUUUUGAAGUGUUCUGUCUGUGUUGUCGACAGCAUGACCAUCAGAAUACCACUCACCAUCUACCCUAAUCUGUAAGGUGCUUAUUGUUGUUUUUUAAUCUGUUGCUAUCCCACGGUCCUCUCCUCCAGUAUCACAUCUCCAAAACCCUCCUGCACUGUAACCUAAAUACUACAUUCUGUUUCCUGUGGUCACUCUGAAAGAUUUCCCAACUCGUGAUCAAUAACAGACAUCUCUAAUAGCAAUACAUUGUUACAAUAAAUUAACUGAAAUUCAUCUGGAAAGUUGUCCUUUUUUGUUUUGGGUAAUGGUUGUUUUAGUUUAUAUUUUAAUGCAGUAAUAUUUAAAGCCAUUCAGAGACAUUGGAUGGUUCAUAAAUAUACAGUAUAUUUUAUUAAAAACACAGAAUGCAUAGUUUUGUGGCAGCAUUGCAACUAUGUAGAAUUGUGAAAUUGCAGAAUGCACCAUAUUGAUAUUCUCCUGAAAAGCAUGAUAAUCUAACAAAUAGCAAUAUGCUAUGACUUGAUGUUUUAUAGGUAAUACAUCUACAUACACAUUCUGACUAAGCCAUACCACUAGAUCUAACAGUAUCAGCAACUGGGAUAAAUCCAUAAUCUCAAAACGAGUUAUAGAAUAUCUUGUCUGUAGAUAGUGAGUGGUAUGUUCAUAAACUGAAUAAACAUUUUGUUUAUAUA